CAGUCGAUCGUUUGUCAUUUAAGACUCGCCAUCCAUCACCCGAGCCGGACCAUCCAUCAUGCAACGGUCGGCUGUCACCUUCGUCCUGAUGGCGUUGGCCGUUACAGUUAACUCGGCCAACAUUAAUACUUCCAAAUCGAAAGUAGUUACAACUACACAAGAUCCCGAUGAGGCAAUCGACCAGGGCGAUCCGUUCCAGUAUUCAUAUGCCGUCGAAGCCGAACCGACUGUCAACGACACUCGCGUUAGACAAUCUAAAGCAGAAAGCAGUGACGGCCAAGAAGUUAUCGGUCAAUACAAAGUACUCCUGCCAGACGGGCGACUUCAAACCGUAUCCUACACAUCUGGACCGAACGGCUACAAAGCUACAGUCAAAUAUGUUCAGCUUGGUAUGGAAAAUUUCGUGGCAUCAUCGACGGAAUCCAACGGCAGAUCUUUCACUAUGAGCCGGGCAGCUCCAAACCCAACGACGACAACAACAACAACAACAACAACGACGACUACUACAAGUAUUCCUGUUGUUGAGCAAGCGGCAGUUGAGCGACAGCAAACGCAGAGGCAGUCGGAAGCGAUCGAUAGCCGGACGAGCACGAGCUCCAGUCGAUCCAGGCAGCGCGUUAAUCGGACGCGAGGUGAACGAUUGCGUUCUUCACAGACGUUCGGCACGAGUUCGUCUGCCGUGAGAGUUGAAGAUGAAACUGGAAUUGAAUCGAUGGCUAGCCGACUGAGACCAUCGUCUUCUCGUCCAUUCGGAAUGAAAACGACGUGGAAAUUCGAUGGAAAUCGACAACAUCCCGACGAUGCCUUCCAAACUGAUUUGAAUUAA